AUGCCUCCCAAAGGCAGUCGCAAAGAAACAUGGACGCAAGAGCUCAACUUUCGGAGGAUGAACUGGAACAGGAACGAGGACAACAGCGAAAUAGGAUUCGAUCAUCAGCGAGGGAUUUGUACCACAGGAACAUUAAGGAAGGCCCAACGGCUAUUUGUAUUUGCUGUGGAGGAACAUGGUUCCGUUCGCAGGUUUGUGGGUCGUCGUGGUCCUGUUGUCGAACUUUAUUGCGACAACGCCACGAAUUUUGUGGGAGCUGCCCGAAUCCUGAAGGAGCUUUUGGAACCUGUCGACACCAACGACCAGAGCAUCAUGUCGUAUACUGCGGCCCACCGAUUCACCAUCGAAUUCAUCCCUCCCAGAGCGCCACAUAUAGGCGGCCUUUGGGAGGCGGCCGUAAAAUCGGCCAAGCAUCAUCUUCUCAAGGCUAUGGGCAGCGCUAUUCUGACGGAGGACGAGCUCCAUACCGUCAUAGUGGAUGUGGAAGCCGUCCUAAAUUCGAGGCCGCUCAUCGUAGACAGUGGCAGUCCCAACGAGGGAGAGGUUGUCACGCCAGCUGAUCUGCUAGUAGGCACAACGCUAGAAACACUGCCGCCCGCAUCCGCGCAGCCGAAGGCAAAUGGCAACCUCUCGUACUUGCAGAGAUGGCAGCUAGUCUCAGCAAUCAAACAGCGGUUUUGGAACGACUGGUCGAGGGACUAUCUUCUGAGCCUACAGCAGCGAGGAAAAUGGACCAAAGACGUGGACAAUCUUCAGAUCGGAACAGUGGUGGCAAUCCACGAAGACAACUUUCCCCUCCAGCUAUGGUUAAUAGGCGUAGUCGUAGAGGGAGUUUCAGGACAUGAUUAG